ACAGUCCAAUGGCAUCGACCUCGAAACUCCAGUAUUGUAGCAACGCAUGUGCUCACUCGUCCCGCUCUGAACGGGAUUCCUUUCCCCUGCUUCAAUUGAGUGUGUUCAGUCUGGGCCCGGACCUCGCCCAAAUGUGACCCGCUACGUCAAAGUCUGCAGGUCUUGCGGGGGAAAAAUAAAGCAGAUACGGGAUCAGAUUUCCCUCGUUCGCGUUGCAGACCGUGGAGAUUUAUCCGAUUCAUCCUGGAGGCACCGAGUCAAUUAUACAUUCUGGGGACGCGAGGUCAUAAGUUUCCAGUGAAGGACUAAAGGUCUCCAUUAACAUAGUUGGGGCGAACUUGCGUGGCAUUCCAGCUAAUCUUGGAACGAACAGGCGCCAGCCACAAUUGAGAAUGGAGUGCUUGCAAGAAAACGAGAGAAACGAAGGAAUCAAUUGAGUCGUUUUCAUGUUUCCCCAUUUUGUGCCAAAUUAGACGAUUACAUCACUCAUGCUCAAAGAGAUCCAGUGUUUUCUGUCAUAGUUUGGCCAUCAGUGAACGCCGAGGAUUCAAGUGGAGAAGAAGGGCGCUAAAUUGAGCGAACUCAAAUACACACACACACUCCUCAUCUUCCACAAACAAGAGGAGUCUCUUCAAGACUUGCUUUUGUACGUACUUUCAACACGACCAUCAUCAGCUCAAGAAGCAGCAUUAAGAAAAAAAAAAAUGCUCACGAUGCCAAAAUUCACAACAUCACCAUCUCCAACACACUUCAAGAGUGCCUACUUCAUCACUAUUUCUUGAGCGUCAAUGACAAGUGCAACACUAACAUUUAGUAUCUCGCUGUCGCUCUUCGACUCACAUCCAAGUCAAUCCAUUGGCAUUCCGCUACGCCAUUCAGUGCGAGUCUGGGACGCAUAACUCCGAUCUCUCGAUCUUUCCCAUGUUGAGCACCUCAUCUCUAUUUAGAUACAUUUGUACGCUGAGGAUUGGCCGAGGUGCUCGAAUGAAUCACGGAGUACGAUUUUUCCGGUGAUUCUUUUCGGCUGAGGGAGUCAUUUUUCUCUCAAUCCUGUUUGUAUGGGGACGACGAGAGGAUUUGCAUACGUAGGUCCACGAUAUUUCGCAACGAAAAAAAAAAGAGAUAAUCCUCCGGUGAAUUAAUGAUACCAAAGACAUGUUGUGUUCCCGAGAACUCUCAUGACAAUGGCCUGUCACCAAUCAAAGGACUUCAUUAGCCAAGGUCUCCCUCCAACUUCGCCACAGUAAGUUCAUCUCCAUCAUGGCAACCACAAUAUGGGCUCUCGAUUGCUGUUAAGCCUCGUGUCCAAGAGCAACGGACGGCCCUAUCUCAAGACGGUUCAAGAUCAAAUGGCUACGGUCACGGAGCGCGUGGUCCCCAUCCAAUUGGAGGGCGCCGUUGGCAAUCCACCGGGAGGCGCCUCUUCAUCUCAAGCUUCGAAGGCGCCUUAUCAUCUUCCCAACGAGGGGCGAAAUGCGUCCAAGAGGCGCAGUUUGAUUGUGACUCACGAGGAUGGGAGUCGAGAUGAGAUCCAUGGCUUGGUAACCAAGUUGUCGAGUUCGAGUGAUGAUAUUCAUAGUAAAGCCGCUCGUGGAGUGAACAUUCAGGAGAUCGGAGCGGACACCUUGCGGCGAGAAAUCCGGCGGUCGAGAUCCGGAUCCAGGUCCAAAGAAGACGACCCGCGCAAUGGGGGCUUCCAAUCGAUGAUCCCAACUAAUAGUGUGCGAUUGGUGCCCAUCAAGAUGCCGGAUGGUCGGAUAGUGUCCAGAGACCCCGAUGAGACCAUGAAUAUUAAAACAGAAUUCACCAACUAUUGUCACCAGGAGUUUCCAGACAAGAGCCCAGAAGCCUUUGAGACUCGCAAAGGCCGCAGCCGACGCAAAUCGGGCAUGUCACCUUCGUUCUCAGAAAAUAGUACUCCCACCAAAGAACGUAUUGUACCAAUCCAGUUAGAGACCGGAGAGAAAUUCAUGCCCAAGUUUACACAAUUGGAUGACCUUGAGCCGCCCGAAUGGUCUGCUUUCAGUCCAAAGUAUAAGCCCUCCAAUCAAACAAUUCCUUCACCCAAACCUGGCCAGUCUCCUGUGAAAUCAGUCUUGAAACAAGAAUCGAUUCCUUUCAAAGAGAAGAUUGUGCCCAUUCGGGUGGAGGGUGUUGAACCACCCAUUCCCAAGCCAAGAACUAGUCCUGCAUCCGUUCUAGACUCACCACGCCGCUCUGCCCUAGACCGCAGCAAGGAUCGUGGAGGAAAGAAGUCGACAGAGAAAAGGGUCCAUCACACGGUAAGGUUCAACGUUGAUGAGGAUCCCUAUGAAGACGUGUUACCACAAAGUCCAAGUGUUGCCAAGACAACCCGGAGCUCGUCCCUAGACAGUAAAAACAGAAACCAUUUGCCCCCAAACGGCACAUCAAGUUCCGAAAGAACCAGACACCGCAGCGGCGGCAGUGCAACCGAAAAGACCCUGCAUGAGAUUGAUUGUGAUAUCAAUAAAAUUUGGAAAGAACUUCAAGAGUUGGAGACGUUUCCACCUGCUCCGAGUUUAAAUGGAAAACCUCCGGUGGUCGGUGGGUCCUUGCCCUCGAGGAGCCCCUACACAAGUGGUUUGCGGAACGGCAGUCCAUAAAGACGAGGCCAAACGGCUCCCGUCACUCCUACCCCCGUCAAAAUCAGAACUUACACCACUCCCACAGCCUCUGUGGUUGCCACUCCGGCAUCAGCACCAUCCUCCAGGCCCACUUCGCCUUACAUGGAUUCCGUUGUGACUGCCAGUACUUCUCCGACCAGUGCAGCUACCAACACAACGCCUUUGAACACGACCAACAAUCACAAUGGGGCCACGAGUUCGCCCACUCCAUGGCGACCAAGCUCGGCCAUGUCCAGUCCAUUGGCCAGCAGUUCUUACAUGUCUUACAAGUCCUCCUCACAAUACAAUCCUCGGCGCGACCUCGGGCCCACUCGACCGGGAAGCAUUACCCCAAUUGUGAGGAAAAUCUCGGGGCCUCUCUCUUCUCCUUCUCCCCAUCCCACCUCAUCAGCAAACAGUUCAUUACCAUCCGCGUCGCCAGGAUCAUUAGCCACUUCCAGUGGUGCCAGUUCUACGUCGACUGCGAGGCCAGGCGUAACGGCAGCCGUGGGCACUUCAACCACUGCUUCUGACACAACCGACGUAUCUGUUGGAACAUCCGCACCCACUCUCUCGCCAGGGUCCUUGACUAAUGGGACGACGGGCAAGAAUUCCAUUUUCAACUAUGGGAACAACAACAAUAAUCACAAGAUCACGAAUCAAACCACUAAGGCCGGUGCUAGUGUGUCCUCACAGACCUCGGUCAAUCGCAAUUCAGGCGUGGAAUUCUUUCCUCGGUUUGAAGAACGGCCCCGAGAAAACUCACUCAGCCGUGGUCAACUAAUCGAGGAAGCCGAUGAGCCUGACACUUCUCCCACCGACAAAUUCAACACCGGGGGCGACAUCCAGGCCGAUUUGAUGGCCAAUGCUGAGGACAAAUCCACUCAAACUGACACUUCAGCCUUGUCCAAGUCCUCAAAAAAUAAGUGUAACCUUCAGUAGAUAAACUCAAAGCAACAGCAGCUUGGACACAACAACCAACAGUGAUGCCUAAGUUCCUUCACAGUGAAAAGACCCAAAUCUUGAUAAGAUGCUGAGAGGCGGUGCAGUCUGCCCAGAAUUAGCUCAUAAUCGCCCACGCCUUAUUUGGGAGUCAAAACGAAGUUGAAAGAGAAAUCCUGAGAUGCAAGUCCAUGAAUAUCAGCAUCCAUCUCCCAAGGCGAAUCGAAUUCUUAACAAAUGAGUUGAUUAUCUUAAACGAGGCCAGCUACAUAUUGCACCGACGAAGAUCUUUCAUUAAAAGAAUAAAUAUAAAGAUUAUUCAAGCCACAUAA